AUGGCCAAACAUCCUGAGAAACCCAUCGUGCACUACGGUGUGCCAGAGUGGACCAAUAACAACGAGAAGCUCUCUGCCACCGCGGUGAUUGAGCGAUAUAUUUCCAACAUAAUCCGCCAAGAGAGCAGGUCUCUCCGCAAUGAAACCACCUGUAAAACCGACUGGGAUGAAAGCGAUACCUCCCGCAUGUUGAGAGAUAGAAUCUGGGAGGUCACAAGAUGCAAGGAUCUACUGGUAACAUGUGCACAGAAAGUCGAUGAUGAGAUUGAAGCAUUGACUCUGAAUAAAACCCGUACCGAGGAGACCUUGGCUGCCACGGCUGUGCCCCACGAAGUCACCACGGAGAGCCUUACUCUGAGAGAGGGACGACGAGGAUUUGAGUUGGUCAAUGACCCCGUGGAAAAGGAGUUAAAAAAAGAGGUCUACGUCAUCGAAAAAGUGCAGAAACUUCUCCAGCAGCACAUAGACCAGGCUUUUGAACAGCUCGUUAUUUUGCAGAAACUUAGACAACAGCUGACCGCUGACAUCCAAAACAAGAUGGAAACGCUGGGUAUUGAUAAUACUUGUCUGGAACUUACAAUAACUUCGCCUCAAAUCUCCCUGAAGCCGAACCCUACCCGAAUACCUGCGGGUACAUGCACACCGCACGAUUGGAUCCAAUUCACCCAGUUAAAUUUAGCGCGAGCCCGUGAAGCAAUGCAAACAUCUGAGCAGAUGAGGGAGGACAUGAGUCUCAGCAGAGUAAACCUCCAAAAUGAGUUGAAGAACCAGCAGAGAGCCACCGAGUUUGCACUGCGUAAGCGCAAUCACGAUGAGCAACAAGCUUGUCGUGAGCUUGAGUGGCAGUUGAAAAAUACUGAAGAUGAGAUCGCAGCCAUGGAGAGCGACAUCUUCAAUCUGGAUGCCGAUCUGCAAGCAAAAACCGCCCCCUUGAAGCUAGCUCACACCAGACUGGAGAACAGAACCGCCCGACCCGGCAUGGACCUCUGCAGAGAUGAGGCGCAACGUUGUCUCGUGGACGAAGUCAACCAGCUUCAGGCCACGAUUGCUUUUAUGAAAGAGAAGCUAGCUGAAGCUCAGCACUCGCUACAGAGACUGAAAUUUCAUCACAACCAACUGAUGCAGGAUCACUCUCGGAAACGUGACGCUUUAGCCCUGGAGCAACGUUGCAUUAACAUCCGCGAGCGCCUCAUCCCCAUUUUGUACAGCGACGAAACUCCAGUACCGCUUCUUCUACUUACUAGCUCCAGCGGGAGGAGCACCGCGCAUCUGGAACGGCAAUAG